UUUGGAAAAGAGGGGAACGUACCAAAUAUUAUAAUUGCUGGUCCCCCAGGAACAGGUAAAACUACCAGUAUCCUCUGCUUGGCUCGUGCUCUGCUUGGUCCUGCAUUAAAGGAUGCUGUUUUGGAGCUGAAUGCCUCAAAUGACAGAGGCAUUGAUGUUGUCAGAAACAAAAUCAAAAUGUUUGCCCAGCAAAAGGUCACACUUCCAAAAGGUCGACAUAAAAUAAUCAUUCUGGAUGAAGCAGACAGCAUGACAGAUGGAGCACAGCAAGCACUGAGAAGAACAAUGGAAAUUUAUUCCAAAACAACGCGCUUCGCACUCGCCUGCAAUGCCUCUGACAAAAUAAUAGAACCUAUUCAGUCCCGCUGUGCAGUGCUGCGUUACACCAAGCUGACAGAUUCACAAAUCCUUGCAAGGCUUCUGAAGAUUGUAGAGAAGGAGGAUGUACCUUAUACAGAUGAUGGACUAGAAGCCAUUAUCUUCACAGCCCAAGGAGAUAUGAGACAGGCAUUAAACAACUUACAGUCCACGUAUUCUGGAUUUGGCUUUAUAAACAGUGAAAAUGUCUUUAAGGUAUGUGACGAGCCUCAUCCUCUGCUUGUGAAAGAAAUGAUACAACACUGCAUAAAUGCAAAUAUUGAUGAAGCAUACAAGAUUCUUGCCCACCUGUGGCGACUUGGUUACUCUCCAGAAGAUGUGAUUGGCAACAUCUUCCGUGUGUGUAAAACCUUUCAAAUGCCAGAAUAUCUGAAACUGGAAUUUAUUAAGGAAAUCGGAUACACUCAUAUGAAGAUCGCAGAAGGUGUGAACUCACUUUUGCAAAUGGCUGGACUGCUGGCCAGGCUGUGUCAGAAGACCGCAGCCCCUGCAGCAAGUUAGAUGUUUGACCGAGCAGGAGCCUGUGUUCUGGAAGGUGAAGGCCUGGCGUGCGAGGUCAGCGGCUCUGUGCAUGUCCUGGAUGUGGCAGAUAAAGAGCCUGUUCCCUUGGUUUUGCUCAGUUGCAGAAAAAUAACCAGGUUCUAUUGUAAAAAUCUUUUGUAUUUUUUUUAUUUAGACCAAUAAAGGUUUAAAAUGUACUUUAAC